AUGUCCCGUGCAUCCAGCACCUCAUUUCCAACUCGAGCGCCUCCAACAUCAAUUUUCUCACAAGGCACUGCCUCCACCGCGGCAACUUCGGAUGCACAGGUUCCAAUUUGCAAGCCUGUGGCUCCUGUUGCAGAAGACCUCAUUGGCGACUUUGCAGAUGAUAUCGAUGAUACGUUGGAACGCGAGGCCACGAUUGCCCAAGGCAAGGGGAAAUCGAAGGUGGCCUCGAUAUUCGAAGAUAAUGUGGACUUCGACGAGCCUAAUGCUCCAGUAGCGCAUGAGCUGGAUGAUUCUGUGACUUCAUUCACAGAACAGGAAUGGUACUCGCAGGAGCCCAAGGCCCCAUUCACGCAGAUCGAAAAUCGCGGGACCCUCAAGCGAAAAGCUAGCGUGGAGGACCUCUUAGAUGACGAGGAGGAGUCUAUGGUGUCUGACUGGUCCAUGGAUAUCGAAGGCCCCGAUUUUGAAGACACAUUCGAGCCUGAGCUCGAGCCCGAGCCUCCAGUGGUAGUGAAGAAGGAGAAAGAUCUUCGCACAACAUUCUCAACAUCGGUUUCGGUUGUGACUUCUGUCCCCGACAGCAAACCACCUCCUCUCAAAAAAAUCAAAGUCGGGGCAUCCGCUGCACGUGCCCACAGCACUCAUGCCAUCAAACGCCAGCUCAACGUGGACACUGUGCCGGAGAACAUGAAACCUCGUAGCGCAUAUCGUAAUGUUGAUUUACCUGCCACAUUGCAGGUAGAUCAACGCUGGGCAAAGAAGUAUCUUCCUACCGUCAUGUUAUGGGCUGGAAGUUAUGAAGACCUCUGGACUAUCCCAGACGACGUUCUUCUCCUUCAUGCGCAGCUAAUUUUUAACGCUGUAUUCAAGGAGCUGAACAUCACUAUUGUUCACGGCGGCGCGAUUCAUUCCCUUACUGCGCAGCGAAUUUCUGAAUGGCGCAGUAACUUCGGCUCGACGGGCCUGGUCAUUAUCCUGGACUUUUUAUCACGAAACUCUGACUGUGAUUCUGUUCAACUUGCCGCCCACCUUCUCGCAGACUAUGCAUUCCUAUUCGAGGACCCCGACAAGCCAAGUCCCCUCACGACAUAUCGUUCUCCUUUCGUAUUACAGCUGGUGGGUACAGCGCAUCUUAAUGCCAUCAGUGGGUACGUUGACGUUCCCGACCUCGACACACACGCACUUGCGACAAGGGCCAUCAGGAUGUCGGGCGUUAUUGCCCUUUGUGCCGCAGCAAUCGAGCGCGCCCUGGGAAUGUUCGCAAACAAAAACUUGAAAGUCAAGGAUAUAUUGGCGUCCAGUGCCAGAGGUAAACUUGUCAUCAAACUACCCAAAGUGCUCAACAAGGUCACCGGGAAGAUGACCAAUGCCCCGUUUUUGUUUUCAGCAGCUCGCUGGGCCAAAGUCACCACAUCAUUCAUGAAGUCUAUCUCGAGCAAGCCUGCUGGGUAUGUAGAGACCACAGUACAGAUGGCGCGUGCUUGUACUGCCUUAAACGACGCCAUCGAAUCACCGCAGGACUCGCUUAAUGACGACGAGUCGGAGGACGAUGAACGCGCUAUGCUUUGUAAGAUGUUGUCUUCUACUACACCCGCCGGUGGAAUCCCGCUGUCAUAUCAUCAUUUUUGCCGCCGUUUUUGCCCCCACAUGUCCACCAUUUUUCCUGUACCCCCAGCUGGCUCUCGACUUUUUAUAUUAGAGAGUCUCCUUAAUUUUCUGCUUUCUCGUAAAAUCAUAAACAUGUUCGAGGGACAACAUUCGGGCGACGUCCUUUGGGACACCGUGCGGAAGGCUGUUGUUGCGAGCAAGCAGGGGAAUUAUGACCUUGCGAGGGAGCUCAUCCACAAUGCCUCGGAACCCUUCCCAUUCUUUGCGCUGCGCAAUGCGCGCGUAUUCCUCCACCGAUCUUACGGAUUGGCAUGCAUCGAGCUCACUGCAGGCGAGUAUGACAGGGCCGAGUCCUAUCUCACCGCCACGAUUGAAGGUUGCGAUAUGCAAGGCAACCUGAUAUUAAAGGCAUUCAGCACACGUGGACUUGGGGAGGUUGCCUUUGCGCAUGGUAACUUUGCUUUGGCUGCUGAGCGCUUCGCAGAGACACGGUCUUUGUGUGCUGAGAUGGGAGUGCCCCCGCUGCAUUUGUACAGUUGCGCGCCACUCAAUACCUUACCGGACAAAUUCGAAGGAUGGACGAUGUUUUUGGAGGGCCGGUCGGCAUUUGCGAAUAUUUAGAUAUCGAUCAUGAUAUGCAGUUAGUCAAUUGGUGAAGUUGUAGACUCCAUAGAUUCCACGAUUUGAUGAAUACCUAUUUGUACUCGAGCUGCACCGACAGGCCUAACCUUGUUCGUAAAGUAUUGAGCGAUGUCGACGAUCACCUAUCCGCGCUUGACUUGAGUUGCAGCCAUGGAGAUGCGUCUAGUACGGGUGUGGUGCUAUCGUGGCUUCCGAUUGGUUCAAAUCAGUCUAGUAGUCCGACUUAGUUCAACUAAUGCGAUGCUGCAGCUGUGCGUUGGCUUGGUUAGCUGCUACGGCAUAUAGUCUCGAAGCCAGGCGAAGUUGGAUAACGUCGGAUCGCGUCGUCCAAAACUCGGAAAAGGUGUCAAAUGUUCUAUCACCAGUGAAAG